AUGGCCGCCCGCCGCCUCCUCCUGCUCCUCGCCGUUGUCGCCGCGUCCCUCCUCGCCGCCGACGCGCGGCCGUGCCACACCUUCCUCGUCGCCUUCCCCGCCGAUCCCAACCCCAACCCCAGCAGAGGCGACGGCGCCGUCCGCCACCACAUCGGCAUCCCCCACGUCGCCACGGUCAUCACUGUCUUCCGCGUCCGCCGCCUCGAUCCACCGCCCCGAUCUCCCGCACCCGCCGCGGCCGCGGCCGCCGGGCCCCAGGAGCGCGCCAGGGGCAUCCUCGUGGUCGUCGUCGGGCUCCUCUUCGGCGUCGCAUGCGGCGCGCUCACCGCUGCCUCCGUGUACCUCGUCUGGUCCAUGGUCGCCGGCGCCGCCGCGGCCUCCCCGUACGACGGGCUCUAUGACGACGAGGACGAGGCGUCUGACACCGAGAGCCCCAAGAAGGUCGGCUACGUCAUCAUCCAGGAGCUCGAGGUCCAUGACGGCGGUAAGAACUAG